ACGAAUAAUAUUUAUUUAUUUAUGUAUUUUAUUCCCUUAGACCAACACCAUUUUACCUAUUAUUUUUUGCUCUGGAUAACCCGGCGAGGAACUGCCAAGCGAAAUGAACCUGGACCAAGGGCCGAUUUUGGCCAACGGAGGACAGCGGGCUCUCCUGAUCCCGAUCCUGAUCCUCCUCCUCCUCGGCGGACAGACGGCGGCCCAGUCGAAUUAUGUGCAGCACGGCGACAGCGGCAACUACACCACCAACGGACUGCCCGAGGAGGCGACUCUCGACGGCAAGGUAACCAAACUAGAUGACAUCAGUCCGCUGAUCUUCCUCAACCGAACGAAGGCCGCUCUGAACUGCGCCGCAGGAUCCAUGCAGGUUGAUCUCAAGUUCAACGAUCCGUUCCAUGGCAUCAUCCAGGCCGACUAUGAUCGCAGCAGUGCCUGUCGCGUGAGUGGAAAGGGAGCCCUCAGCUACCGACUCGAGUUGCCGCUGAAGGGAUGCGGCACCAUUCAGAACCCCACCCGCGUGUUCACCAACAAUAUCAUUGUUCGAUUCCACGCCAAUCUGGAGAUGGAUGGCGACGAGAUCAUCACGAUAGUCUGCCGCUAUCCACCGCCCGUUCCCUCGCUGCCACCCGCCCUUCCUGCGCCCAUCCUGAACCCCAUUGCCACCAGCUCGGUGCUGCAGCCGCCGCUGAAGAGCAUCCAGAUCCUGAUGAUCAUCUGUGCGAUCAUGUUCCUGACCCUCCUCCUCCUCGGACUCGCCGUUUCCUACUACUGUUUGCGAAGUCGCUCGAUUCCGGUGGUGCGUCGCCUGCCCAUGAGCAUGGGCAGCGGAUCGGAGAUCACCAAGCUGAGUGGCAGCAGUGUGGGCAACAUUAGUGCCUUCGAGGGCGUCAAGAUCCCCAGGGCUCAUGCUGCCCUCCAGGCGGUCUACAGUUCGUCGGCGAGCAGCGAGGGAGCCCUCAUCCCGUCGGAUUACCCCAGCGAAUCGCACUCGGAGAUCGAGGAGAUCGACACGCGAUCGCUGCCCUUCAGUUCGGCGGGCAGUUUCGAGAAUCGUGCCUUUGUCCACGAAACGUCGAGCAUCUACAGUGAUCACUAUGCUCCCGCCCAGGAAAUGCCCCUGGCGAAUGCCGUGAUCAGUAGCUCCUCGAUGACCCGUCACUCGAUUCCUCUGCAGGAGGCGGUGGCCAUCGGUGCCGUCGUCGAUUCUCCCAAGUUCGAUGUUCAGGUGAGGGUGAAGAAGUCACCACCACCACCACCGUCGCCGGUGACCUCGGAUACAGAAAGUGUGGCCACCUUGCGGCCGGAUCGCAAUAACCUAUCGACCAUAAUGGAGGCCUACGAGGAUCGGGAGAGUGUGCUCACGAUGGACUCGAUGCCGCCGCAAGUGGAGACCAUGCACUCGCAGUUUACCUAUGUGCCGGAGCUGCAUCCAGCUCCACAGAUGGUACCCCCCAUGGUGACCCCAGUCGAACCCAAGUUCUCGGUGUACACGCGAACCCAUCACGAGGUGGUCGACGGUCGUCCGGAGACCUGGUCCGAUUACACCGAUGGUCGGGCGCCCAGCGAGAUCACCGAUCUUGCCUCCGAAGUGCCAGACACAAUGGUGGAUACGAUGCAUUACUAUGAGGACGAGGUGGUGACCCCGGCACCGGCACUGCCCCUUGCGCCACCGCUGGUGACCUCGCACACCGUCGACGAUGUCUAUUUGCGGACGGUGACCGAGAAGAAGACCAUCGAGGAUAUCGAGAGUCACAAGCGCCGGGUGACGGAGUACAAGAGCAAGCCAAGGGCACCGCUACCGCCCCCUGCGCCUACGCAGGCCAUCCCGGAUCCCAAGUUCGAUGUGCGGGUGCGUAACUAUCCCAGCGAUCGUGAGCAGCAGCUGUGGGAGAACUUCUCCGAUAUCUCCAGUGCCUCCGGUCUGACACUCACCCCGAAAAUGGAGCGCAGUGAGUUGAGUCUACCGCCGCCGAUCCCACCGCAGAUCCAUGACAACAAACUGAAACUGACCAGCCCCGAACUGGUGGGCAAUAUGAAGCCCAUCGAGGUGCCGCCGCAGGACAAGGAUGUGCCCAACUGGGAUGUGCUCAUCCGGAUCCUGGAGGAGCCCGAAAUGUCCGAGGUUGGAACCAAUAUCCACGACGAUGUGAGCUCGGUGCACACAACACACAAUCUGCAGCUGAGCUACGAUGAUCGGGCCAAGUGGAAGGAGAUCAUCACCACGCAAUCCUCGCUGCGCACCAUGCUCACCGAGGCGGUGGUCCGCGAGGACUUCGAGCGCAUUCGCCAGGACACCCGAUACGAGCAUGUGUUCGAGCCGCAGACCUGGGAUGUGAUCAUUAGGAUCCUGGCCCCGCCCAGUGACGAUGAUCCCGAUGUGGAGAUGAGGGGCAUGCCCAAGGGCAGCCGGGGCAAGAAGCAAUCGCCGCAGCCCUGGGACACCCGAUCCCGCCGCAGUUCGCUGCCCACGCUCUAUGAGUACGACAGCGAUGGUGGAUCGAGUGUGAGGACCAUUCGCAAUGAUCCGGGGAUGAUCCUAGUGCACGGAGGACCGGGAACUUCGGGAACCGGCCCAGGGGGACCCUUCAACCUACAGCGAUCGCGGAGGAGUUCGCGCACCUCCUACCAAACGGACCACAACGACUUCCGCUCGAUGUCCGAGGUGACCGUGGACUUUGGUCGCCCCCAGAUGGACGCCCAUCCGGACAAUGUGAGCGAUGCGAGCAGCUAUUACCGGAUGCAGUACUACGACGACGACGACCGGCGCUCCUUCCAUCGCUCCCUCAGCCAUCCCUCGCUGGCCCGAUCCGCCAGCGAGUUCACCGAGCACUGGACCGCCCCCGACGAGAUGGAGGCGGAGGGCGAGGUCUCCUCCCCGGAGGGCACUCCACGCACCAGGCGACAGGCGAGACAGCCCCUGGCUUUGAGGGCCGCAAGGAGCGACGAGCGAAUUCUGGCCCAAACCCAAACGCAGAGUGAAUAUGUGGAGACCCAUCGAAGGGUCUACCAUGCCGAGAAGGAGAUGCCCUUGCCCCCGCGCAAGUGGUAGGAGAGUCCCCUACAAAAAAAGGGUUUUUCGAACACAAAAACUCCACUUAUAUAUUGCAGACCCGUGUUCCGCCACCAUUCUCAUUACCAUUCCCGUUCUUAUCGCGAUGCGAGGAUGGAAGGCAGAUCGGAUCGAACCUUAUAUUUAAUUCGCAUUAAUGGGUCAUAUGAGUACAUAACCUUACAAUAAUUAACAAACGUGCCAAUUACAAUUGCCUGACAAAGUAAGCCACUGUAAACGAAGGAUCGAAAUCACUUAAAUUCCAAAUUUUCUCAAGUGGUAAUUCCAACCGUGUGUUCUACACUCCCAACUGAGAUUUCGCAUUUAAUCCAAUAUGUUCUAAAGAAAGAAAGUUAGGAGCAAGAUAGAUAAUUUAAAAGAUGGUGAAUGUGAACGUUGUAAUUUUAGUUAAAAGUGUUCUUUAGAUGUUAGGCUGCCGUUGAUCUUUUUUUUUUGAUAGGAAAUUUGUAUGAGCAGUCACAACAUGAGGCAUCCUAGCAUCCUUAUACUCUCUGAUUACUUAAAUAAUAAUUCCUUUCCAGUUAUCGUCGAAAUUAGGUAUCCUAUUUUGUUUCUAGUUACAAAUGUAUAUAUGUAUGAUAUACAGAGAUCAAACUGCCACAUGCACACGAUUUUGAACAGGUUCGAGGAUCUAUACUUUUGAAAUAUACACGCAGGUUUGAAAUGAAAGUAUUACUACAGAAUAGUAUUCCCAAACGCAACGUCUUCCUGAUACAUAAAUAUUGGAAUCGGAUACAGGUAUCCUAAUUAAACGACAGCAGAUCACAGAUUGCAAACUACAGAUCGAUGAUAUAGGGGCCCUAAUUGGAUUGAUGCCUUUUUGAAAGGAUGAUCACACAAUACUUUCUCAUGAUUAUCAAUUUUAUCGUAACAUAGUACUAAUCCGUCCAAGACAUAUACUAUAAGUGUAAUUGAUAAAAUAAUUAAAUGAAUAAUAAUAAUAUGCGAUUCCGACAUGCUACACAGCCUUAUAAACAAACUUACAUAUUUAAUUCGCUUUUUGGUUACAAAAAUAUGUGUGUAAUCUAAAACAAUUCUGAAAUAAAUUAUAAAUAAAUAAAUAUACCCACUAACAAAGUUUCG